AUGGUUAUGAAUUCAAGGCCAACUAAGGUAAUGAGAUUGGAGGACCUAAUACAGUUAGUUCCAAAUUGGCUUGAACUUCCAAAAGAUGUGACAUCAAAGAUACUCCAAUUGCUUGGUCCUGUUGAAAUUGUGAAGAAUGCACGUAGAGUGUGUCCUAUGUGGAGGAACAUUUGUAGGGAUCCUAGCAUGUGGAAGAGCAUUGAAAUGAUCAAAAGUCGAAAAUCACCAUAUAACUUAGAGAAGAUUUGUAUGUAUGCUGUUGAUCAAGGUUGUGAUCAUGUUGAAGAAAUUAAUGUUGAGUAUUUUGCUACUGAUGAACUCAUCAAAAAAAUAGCUGAAAGAACUACCAAUCUGCGACGCAUUCGGAUCUCAAAAUGCUUGAAAAUAUCAGAUAAAGCCUUCAGUGAUGCUGCUAAAAAGUUUUCACUACUUGAGGAACUUGAACUUUCGUUCAACGAAUUAAACAAAGAUUCUCUUGAAGCGAUUGGCCAAAAUUGUCCACUUUUGAAAACCCUAAAAUUCAAUAGAGCAUACAAAGGACUUAAGUGUACAUCCUACAAAGGUUUCAAAUGCAACAAAGAAGCAUUUGCUAUUGCAAAAAUGUCCGGAUUAAAACAUCUCGAGCUUUGGGGAAACAAUCUCACAAGUGAUGGUUUAGUUGCUAUUCUCGAUGGUUGUCCUAACCUUGAAUCUCUUGACCUUCGUAUGUGUUACAAACUUGUUAUGUCUGAAGAUUUGGUGAAAAGGUGUUAUGAGAAUAUUAAAUAUUUUAGACAUCCUGGUGAGUUUAUUGAUGAGCACGAUGAUGAUAAGGAUGAUCAUGUUUUUGUAUUCCAUUGUGAAUGUCGUGAUAGAAGUGGCAAGGGAAUGAAGAGGACGAAGAUGACAUACAUGAAUUUUAAUAAGUUUCGUUGA